AUGAUUGAGAAGGCCUUUUCUGAUGUUGUGACACCCUUGAGUGCGGAUAUUGAUGCCCUUGCGGCAAGGAUAGUGGUGUGCGAGCGUGGCCAAGAAGCCACUGAGGAGGUGACGGUUUUAAAGGCCGCUAUUGCUGUGCUAAGGAGAGAUGUGGACCAGAUGUGGUCCACUGACAUGUCUAUGAUUUUUGGUACGGUGGAGAUCCCAGAUGUACUAAUUGAGCUAGAUAUGCCUUCGGCUACCAUCGGAGAUGAUGUUCGAGCUGAGGAGGUAGUUGAUCUCGAGUCUGAGGCUGAGACAGAUGAGGAGAUGGUUGGGGUUGCUGAGGAGGUUUCUUACGAGGGCCUUACGGAGACUGAGGAGGCAAUGGUAGAUGCAACUGUGUAG